AUGUUGUCUCUAAAAUUCUACUUAAUAUUUACUCUACUCGCUGUCGGAAUGUCUGGACAGAUAACAACUCUGCUUGCGGACACGAGCGACGAGGACUGCGAAAUUGAUGAAGAGCAGACUUGUGCUCAAGCUUGUCAAGCAACGACAACACUUUCUUCUACAACUGCUAGUACCGUAACCCCCACGCCUAUUCUGACUACAGUAACCACAACGUCAACAACGACGACCGUAACAACCACUCCUAUUCCGACUACAGUAACCUCUACACAUAUUCCUACGACCGUAACCACGACGUCAAUUCCAACUACAGUACCCUCCACACAACUUCCAACUACAGUAACCACAACACCAAUCCCAACAACUACGACUCGAAAAACUACAACUACAACACUUCGUCCUACAAAGCCUCGGCCUAUGACAAAGCCUCGAGUCAAAGUCUGUCCCUAUGGUUGGGCAACUUUCAAUCGACCAUCAGGAAAAUGGUGUAUUAAAGUCUUCAUUGGGCACCAUGCUGCUCAAGCUGAUGCUGAGGAAGCAUGCCGAUCAAUCGGUACAACUCUUACCGGGCUUCAGAACAAGCAAGAAGCCCUUUUUAUUCAAAAAUCACUUCUAUCUCUAAUUCCACAACAGAGCGGGUCGGUAUGGCUUGGACUUCAGAGAACCGCGAGAUGCAUGGGGCAGCCUCUUACAGCAACGUGUAGCCGAACUACCGCCUUCGAAUGGACCGACAACUCGGCAACCGGUACAGAUGGUUUUUUAUUCCAAACUGGACAGCCUGAUAACGGAAGACUGAAUCAAAAUUGUGCACUUUUUCUUGCUUCAAUCGAUCCCUUUAUUGAUGCAAGGGGACGGUAUUAUGCGGCCACAUUUGAAGAUGUCAACUGUGUCGCGACCUUUGUUACGGGGAAUAUGAAUCGAAAGACACGUGGAUUUGCUUGUGGAAUGAGACCUACAUAA